ACAUCUUCUUGAGUGGACUUGUCACAGUAAGACAAAGUCAUAACCUGAUUAGUUCAAGAUGAAAGAAGGGGUACGCUUGAGCCCAAUGAGCUUACAACAGCUUGCAGCCUUGUCACAACUAGAUUUUGUCAGUAUUGAUUCGAUUGUAUUACGUCCAAGUUCGUCUCAUGUUAAAGCUGAUCGAAUCCAACCCGACCGAGUAAGAUCAAAGCUAAACAUUAUAUAGUUCGAAUUCUAAUUCAAAGCGAAAUAAUCAGAUAGGAAAUAGGUUUUGGACAGCAGAAUAGAAAACAGAAGACAAAGCAAUAAAUCCCAAACAAGCAGAUUGAUGAAGCGCAGCGCAGGGCCCGGAGAGCACUUAACAAGACGACAAGUCCAUCCCCUUCUCUUCUUCUUUAACGUCAUCAGAUGCUGCCUUACCUCUCUCUCUUCACCGGAACAUCCGCAAAGCUGCUGCUGCUGCUGCUGCUUAAAGACCGAUUUCCUUGACCGCAGCAGCCGCGAGCGAAAAAGCGGACCGCACUCCACCAGUCCAUCCACUCCACCACGUAGUACUUGGACCAUAUUAAUUACACAGCACUUCUACAGUGCUGAGCCUUUUUUGUCGUUCCCUCCCAUCUUCAUCUCUCUCCGUGAUCCCCUCAUAUACACGUCCACCGGUUCCAUUCUGCACCGGAAGCCGAAUUCCAACCCUAAUCACUGCAGAGCGAGCUAGAGAGAGAUAGAGAAGGAGAUGGGCCACAACUGGAUCUCCUUCGCGUUGCCGCACAUGGAGAUGCUCCUCCGACCCUGCAGCUACGACCUGCAGGCCUCCGCCGCCGCCUCCUCCUCCUCCUCCUCCUCCUCGGACAACAACGUCGGCGCUUUUGCCUACGGCUACCAGUACGUUCUUCCACCGGCCCCCGCCCCCUCGGAGCUGAAGAUGGAGGUUCUCCUGGGAGGAGGCGUCGGCGGCGCCCUCCGCUCCGAGUUUCUGACUGCUGACGGUCGGGACGGGUCGUCGGCGGUCGUUCGAGGGGCCGGGGAGGUGGCCGCGCCGGUGGGGCUGAAGAAAGCGACGGCGUCAGCGGCCGCUGGCCAAAGGACGUCGGUCUACAGAGGGGUGACCAGGCACAGGUGGACGGGGAGGUAUGAGGCGCACUUGUGGGACAACACGUGCAGGAGGGAGGGCCAGAAGCGCAAGGGACGCCAAGGUAUACGACUCCCUUCUUCUUCUUCUUCUUCUUCUUCUUCUUCUUCAUGCCAAUUCUCCUCGAGAAUUAAGUAGAUUUGGUAUUGCAUGCUUGUUAAUUACGCCAGAUUAGGAUUAUAAGUCGGCUUGUGAUAGCAGUCGGCCACGUAGAUAUCAAACAUAUGAUGAGUGCGCUCAUACUUUGCGAUGGAUCCUUCCACAUACGUAAUUGAUGGCUCGGGGCAGAGAUAUAUCGGCACUCGAUAGUAUCCAUGAUGGAAAACGUUGCGCAGUACCACAACAUGGUACGGCCGGCCACAACAACGACGCCCGGAUCUGGUUGCGCUUUGUCCGCAAGAGGCUGCCGCUUCCACGAUAAUCUAGUGUUCUGGUGCCAUGAAACCAGCGUCUCUGUCUCUCGCAGUCACACAUCCACCCUCCUUCACCUGGAGAGAUCUCUAGGAAGACCUGAAACACCUAUUUCUUUGGGAGAGAGUCCUGCUGUUUAGGAUCAGGCAUCAGAACACUACAUGCAAUGACCUGUGCAUGUGCAUGGAUCAGUAGCUGGGAAAAGUGUGAUGCGAGCUGUAGGAUCGAUAUCUCUUGCCGAUCCAGUGAUACUCGAUGUGACAACACGCAGCUUUCAUCUGCUUGGAAAAGAAGAAUGGCGUCCUCUCAUCGAUGAAGAAGUACACUGAUACCCCUUUUCAGUGGGGGGGCUUCUCGCAUGUCAAAUCUCCUGGCUCCCAGUAUCUUUGACCGGAGCUCAAACCCAGCAAAGCUCCCAUGAGUCACUGCAACAGACCGUGAAUCAAAUGCAUUGGCCCCCUGGGCUCUCUCAUGCGCUUGCCGCUGUAGCAUUGCACUGCUGCUUCUUUCUGUCCUUGUGGCCAACUUAAGAUUCAGAUGCAUUUGAUCACCCAAAGGUCGUUCUUGUGAAACCCCCAUCAAUCGCACUAUUGGUGAUGAUUCUGACAUUACAUGGUUGCAUGUGCAUUCAGUUCUUAUUAUAUUACACUAUAUAAAUAGUGGUGAGCCCAUGGAGGUUAAACUAUUGAUGCAUCAGUAUACAGUCAAAGAUGGAUCACCAAGUUAUGAAUUCUGUUCUUAGGCUCCAGUUAAGAAUGACCCAUUGAAGCUGUCUGAUAUGCUAAUCAAAGAACUACAUUUAAUUGUAAACUACAGUUUUGGAACUUACAUGAUGAGAACUCAUGAGAAUUGUGAGCUUUUGGUGUGUUUGCUAUUCUGCUGAUACAAGUUUUGUUUCAUUUUGCAUGUAUGUGAAUGUGCUCUGUUGGUCAUAUCUGUGGCUACUCUUCAGUGUAUUUAGGUGGAUACGACGACGAAGAGAAAGCAGCAAGGGCUUACGAUCUUGCAGCUCUGAAAUAUUGGGGUCCUACUGCUGCGACAAACUUUCCGGUGUGCAUUUACAGCAAGGAGAUUGAGGAGAUGAAAUGCUUGACCAAGCAAGAGUUCAUUGCAUCAAUAAGAAGAAGAAGCAGUGGAUUCUCAAGGGGUGCUUCUAUCUAUAGAGGAGUGACAAGGCAUCAUCAACAUGGCCGGUGGCAAGCAAGGAUAGGUCGUGUUGCUGGAAAUAAGGAUCUUUACCUUGGCACGUUUGCAACGGAAGAAGAAGCUGCAGAGGCGUACGAUGUGGCGGCAAUCAAGUUUCGCGGCCCAAACGCUGUCACCAACUUCGAGCUCAGUAGAUACGACAUGGACGCCAUCGCAAACACUGAUCUUCCGAUCGGAGCACCCGCCAAACGGAUCAAGCAGACUCCACAGGCCAACGAUGACCAGCUUCCUUUUGAUAGAUCGGGCAACGGACAACAUCUCAGCAACGUGACGCCGCCCCUCCUACAUAACCUCGUUCAGCUUCACUGCCCUCCUGGCUUCUCGCCCGGUCUGACAUGCUGCAAUUUAGAAGAGAAUGACGCCGCCGAUGCCUGCAGCCAAAACUUGUUCUUCCUCACCGCGAAUGAUCGGCUCAAGAAUCAAGUUAUCAACAUGCAACCGGAGAGGGCUGGCAAUCUCCAACUGAGACACCUUACUUCCCAGUAACGCAGCCAGCUGACUGCAGUGCGGAGCGAAUCCAUGCAAUUUUGUAGAGCAAGUGGUGUUAUAAUCAAUGCGACAUGGAUCUUCUCGUAGGCAAGUGAUUUGUAUGUUGUUAAUGAAUCAGAUCUGGAAGCACACUCAGCUGGUUGAGAUCAUUAAUCUACUGUAAUUUUGAAUGACAAUGUGCAACUGUGGAUUGACUGCUGUUGAAUC